CUUCGGUGUCUGGACUGAGCGCAUGCCCAGAGUGCCGGCUCUUGGUGUGCCAGAAAGCCGAAGGAAGGCUGUUCUCAGCACACACAGAAACUGACUGGUAGAUUCUGCUACGGCACCCACAGUUAUUUAUUUAUAUACAACCCUGUGUAUAUAUUAGAAUUUUGUGUUUAAAUUGAAGCUAUGAAGUCUAAGUCCAAUUGUACUCAGAAUCCAAAUUGCAACAUAAUGAUAUUUCGUCCAACCAAAGAAGAGUUUAAUGAUUUUGACAAAUACAUUGCUUAUAUGGAGUCCCAAGGGGCACACCGAGCUGGCCUGGCCAAGGUCAUCCCACCCAAGGAGUGGAGAGCCAGGCAGUCUUAUGACAAUAUCAGCAACAUCUUAAUAGCCACUCCCCUGCAGCAAGUGGUCUCUGGAAGAGCAGGUGUGUUCACUCAAUACCAUAAGAAGAAGAAAGCCAUGACAGUUGGCCAGUACCGUCACCUGGCCAACAGUAAAAAAUACAGGACCCCGCCACACUUGAAUUUUGAAGAUUUGGAGAGAAAAUACUGGAAGAAUCGUCUCUAUGAGUCACCAAUUUAUGGUGCAGAUGUCAGCGGCUCCCUGUUUGAUGGGAAAACACAACACUGGAACGUGGGACACCUGGGGACAAUUCAGGACCUAUUGGAACAAGAAUGCGGCAUUGUGAUCGAGGGUGUGAACACGCCCUACCUGUACUUCGGCAUGUGGAAGACCACCUUCGCGUGGCACACGGAGGACAUGGACCUGUACAGCAUCAACUACCUACACUUUGGGCAGCCCAAGACAUGGUACGCCGUGCCCCCUGAGCACGGCCGGCGUCUGGAGCACCUGGCCAGGCAGCUGUUCCCGGGCAGCUCCCAGGGCUGCCAGGCUUUCCUGAGGCACAAGGUGGCGCUCAUCUCACCCACCGUGCUCAAGGAGAAUGGCAUCCCCUUUGGUCGCAUGACGCAGGAGGCUGGGGAGUUCAUGGUCACUUUUCCCUACGGCUACCACGCUGGCUUCAACCACGGCUUCAACUGUGCAGAGGCCAUCAAUUUCGCCACCCCGAGGUGGAUUGACUAUGGCAAGGUGGCGACUCAGUGCAGCUGUGGGGAGGCCAGGGUGAGCUUCUCUAUGGACGCCUUCGUGCGGAUCCUGCAGCCUGAGAGAUAUGAGCUGUGGAAACGUGGCCAAGAUCAGGCAGUUGUGGACCACACAGAGACUCUGGGAUCUACUAACCAGGAGCUCACCACGUGGCGGGUGAUCCAAGCUCCAAGAAAAACUCGGGGACUGAGGGAUCUCGGGCUUCGCCAGGUCUCACACUGUCUAGCCACUGACAGUAAGACUCCUUGCAGUUCUAGGCAGCCAUCAAUUGCCACAGCUGAGGAGUUCCAGAAGCCUGAUUCAGACCCAGGCUCACCACCUACCCUGGAUCUGUCUUCUCCUGGUCACUACAUGUCAACUGGAAGGCGUGGUCUUGGUCGGCGCCAUUGUGAACUAGGAGUUCAGGAGGAUACCAAUGAGGCUCCAGUCAAGAGGCGCCUGCCAGCAUGCAGGGUAGACACAGGUCUGAACGCAGACCUGUCCCAGUCUGUGAUUCAGGACUUGAUAGGACCCGAGGGCCCUGGUCCACACUAUCCAGUGACAGCUUCUGAAGGUAGAUUGACCUCUGACCCCUAAAUGUAUGUCCUGCCUUUCAGCUCUUUGCCUUCCAAUCAGGAAGC